GUGUCACAGCAACUCCAAAAAGUACUGGCGAAGGGCAGCCAGACAAUUAAUCCGUCUCCUUGUCGGACCGAAGCGGUAGUGCAUUACGUCAUCUCGUCCGCACGAGACCAGUUUGAUUGGAGCCGCAGAGGGGAAACGUGACGUGCGGACGCUGCUGUGUGUAGCGGGCGAGACGGUGAGCGGCGCGCGGAGGGCGCGUGAGCAGCGCAGUAACUGGAGGGGAGUUUAAAGCAUGUUCAAAAACACGUUUCAGAGCGGAUUCCUGUCUAUUCUUUACAGCAUAGGCAGCAAACCCCUAGAGAUAUGGGAUAAAAAGGUGAGAAAUGGACACAUCAAGCGAAUCACAGACAACGACAUCCAGUCUCUGGUCCUAGAAGUGGAGGGAACCAAUGUGAGCACUACAUACAUCACAUGUCCUGCAGACCCGAAAAAAACAUUGGGCAUCAAACUUCCCUUCUUGGUCAUGAUCAUCAAAAAUUUAAAGAAAUAUUUCACCUUUGAAGUUCAGGUGUUAGACGAUAAGAAUGUCAGGCGGCGAUUCAGAGCAAGUAACUACCAGAGCACAACUCGGGUGAAACCCUUCAUCUGCACCAUGCCGAUGCGCCUGGACGACGGCUGGAACCAGAUUCAGUUCAAUCUGUCCGAUUUCACGCGUCGGGCCUACGGCACAAACUACAUCGAGACGCUGCGUGUACAGAUCCAUGCAAAUUGCCGCAUUAGGAGAGUUUACUUCUCUGACAGACUGUACUCAGAGGAUGAGCUCCCCGCAGAGUUCAAACUGUAUUUACCGGUUCAGAAUAAAACAAAGGGAAAUACAUAAGCCAUUGAGCUGUACUUCUCUUUUGUGCAGAAGAAAACCUCAACCUUAAACUGGGUAAGCAGAGUAGUUAAUAUAGAC